GAGAUUCGCUUCUCCCUCUCUCUUAUUCUAUGCUCCUAACCUCAAACUUUCACACUUUUUAUCCGGUAUUAUUUUAUUUAUUUGUUAAUUACGUAUUACAUAUCAUUAAUAUUAUGUCUGAAGCGUUCACAAACUCAUAUUUUUACGCAUUACCCUACGAAGUGCUCGCAUACAUUUUAAGCAAAAUAAAUACGGUAACAUUAUUAAAUUUCUGUGAGGUGUACGAGUGCGACUAUUUUUUGGCAGACAGAGAUGUUACCAGGACCAUCGAUUUGUGCAAAGCUUACACUUUACCGGACUUGGUCGAAUUAUCGAAAAAAAUCGUGUUUGAGAAUGUGACUACGCUAAAUGUGAAUUGUUUGUAUUGGGUUUCGGCGUCAAAAUUGCGCCGACUCGUUCGCAGGCUUAUCAAUUUGGAAACUUUAUAUGCGAUGCAGACUAAUCUAAGCCUCACGUCCUACGAUACGGAAGUUUUUAGCAAGUUGAAGAUUAAAAAAAUGAGUGUUUCGGUGGACCGACACGAGGGAAUUAACAGUCACAAAAUACCAACUAUUGAGACCUUGUAUCUCAGUGUUAUCGAAGUGACGGCUUUCAUAAACCCCUGGGUGCUGCAUAUGGUUUUCCCCGCACUUAAAAACUUGUGGAUUGAUGUUGAGAAGCCUUGCGACCCCAAAAUCAUCCUCCAUUGCCUCCAUGCUGGCAAUAAAAAUAAGAUUUUUUUCCAAGUUAAAGCCCGAACUCCGUCCAUUAACUUCGACCAUUACGGGUUGUCCACUUAUUAUAAUAACAGGAGGGCGAGUCAACCUUACGUUAUGUGCUGUGAAAAAUUCACUGCGAAACAACUUCCCUCGGAAAGUAUUUUCGAAAUUGAGCGCAGUUCGGAGGAGAGUUGGCGUAUUCUGGACGAAUUGCAUUGUUCAAAGCCCUAUGGACCUGACGAUGCCCGAAAGUUAUUUUUGAAUGAAAGCAAUGUCGAUACGAUGUUUUUUGAAGAGCUCAAUUUCUACCACAACGGCCCUGUUUGCAACGAUCGGUGCAGAAACGCAGUGUCGCAAAUCUUGAAGUCUUCGUGCAGCUCCAAACUUAACAAACUCUGCAUCAUGAUGUGUCUAUUCGAAAAUAAAGAUGCCCAAGAGGCGGUGAAAACUGAAGAUUCGUACAGAGCCACCCGGGAGAGAAUCGGAAUAAUGAAUAAGACUGCAAAUCAUCCAAUGGAGGGUGUUUUUAAAAAUUUUCAAGGGUUGCAACACUUGGAAGUUUUCGCGUGUAAUCAAACGUCUCAUCAUAGUGCCAUCCAGGCGUAUCCUUUGAUUACGAUUUUUGAACAUUUGGAGUGCCUCAAAGUCGAAAUUCCCGUCACUCUAGACGGAAGUUUUCUAAUAGAUGUUUUAAAAAAAUGUAAACACUUGAAGCGCCUCUUGAUCACGUCGUUGUCGCAAAACGAAAAAUUAAAUAUGAAUCUAGCCUUGGCUAUUCCGAAUGCAACAUCUUUAAAAGACUUCAGAUUUCAGAACCACCGAAUCCAGUUGGACAAACUCCUCCAGCGUUUCUCUCUCAUUAAAACACAAAAACUGGAGCGAAUUGUUCUAAUUUGUGAGGAGAUUGAUAAAAUGAAUCUACCCUCUCUGCAGGAAUUCUUCGACACCCACCCCCAACUUAUAUUCGUGUAUUUCCUGAUCCGGGGAAGUACAGAAGCGGUGGUUCGAACGGCCCAACAAAUGUUAAAUUUUUACAAAAAGAAACACCCCUCGAAAUUUUUUCUCGUCAAGAAAAUUGAUGUUUUCAACCGAAUUCGUUUCGAGAUACCUAAUGUUCAUUUAUGUGAAAUGGUGAAAAGCGACAACCGCGUUGCCAGUCUGAAUGCCUUAGACGGUUUUGUGAAUUUUUAACUUAUUUUGUUGAUUGUAGUUGUUACAAAAAUAAAAUAAAUAAAUAAAAUCAA